CGCUAUCGAUCAAUGUGGCGACACAGCUCUUGCUAUGCACAGCCAGUGGCAGCUUGGUGGCUUCUCAGAGGCUCCGAGGGCAGUACGAGUUGUUUUGCAGCGGCGCUGUGAGACGUUGAUGACUUUCCUUACAGCGCUAUAAUCAGUCUAUAGCCCUGGUGCCCAAAAACAAGCCGCGCCCGCAAAAGCCGUAGCUAGCGUCGGUAAGACACUAGCAAGCCUCCGCGCCUAUCCUGUAAGUAUAACUACCGCAUUUAUCGGCCCCUGUUGUCAAACAUGGCGGAUCUGCAGUUGGAAGGGACAACAAGCAUAGGUCACCCAUUCCUAGCUGCCGCCAGGCGCGGCGACGUCGCAGAGAUACGCAGAUUACUCGCGGCGGGGGUCUCACCUGAUUUAGCAAGUGCUGCUCGUACUGCUCCACAUAUAAAUGGCUGGUUACACCAAUGGCCUCAGCGCUCGGCUCUGUUUUAUGCGUCGGGGGGACUGAACUUUGGACUCUCAACAGGGGAAAUUGUGCGCCCAACUCAAGAAAAUCAAGAGGCCUGUGUCGUCGCGCUCCUGCGCGCGGGCGCGUCGCCGAAUCCGCCCGGCACUCCAGCGCUCCAUGGGGCGGCAAUUUAUGGCCACGCCCGGAUCAUCAAGCUGCUUCUAGAAGCGGGAAGCAAUCCCCGGACGCCCAACUACCUCGGUAGCACGCCGCUACACUAUGCAGCUGAGCAAUGCCCGCAAUGUGUUCAGCUACUACUAGCUGCUGGCGCCGAAGUGGACGCGAAGUGCCAGGACCGUGAUCGUCAAACUGGGAACUUUACGGGACCUUACUGGACACCGCUAGACAGAGCGAUUGAAACAGGCAGGGUCAACAACCGGCCACGGGUGCACCGCAUCUACCCACUACUCCUGCGGGCCGGCGCAGCUUUCCCUCGGCACUCCUGGGAUGCGAUACCAGCGCACCUUCGCCGGCAGCGCUUCUCGUACCUCACCCAAAUCCAGCGAGCAGGGUCAUUCGCUGCCUACGAGAAGGAACACACGGACGCCCUCGUCGCGAUAUUCGUCCCGAAAUUU